UAAUUUUAGGAAGAGUCUGUGUCAGCUUGGUUCUUCACACCACUUGUUGUAGCUGUUACAUGCAAUCUGAAAAUGAAAAGAUUCAAAUGAUCAAAUUAUUACAUUUAGAAAAAUCUUCUCAUUAUUCUCUAGCUGUCUUUUUCCUUUAAAUAGUACUUAUUUACUUGACACAACGUAUCUUCAGAAUCUAUGAAGUUGUUUAGGUUCUGCUAUAGGGAUAGCAAUGCAGAGGCUUCUUCAGAUUUACUGUAACACAGACCGCGCUACAAGAGAUAUCUCCAAGCUACAAUAACCCUUUGAAGAAUUAAUGAGUCACAACGACAUUUCAUUUCCCUUUGGGAUUAAUAAAGUUUUUUUUUUUUUUUGAAUUUGAGCUUGAAUAUUAAGUGUAAAACAUUCGACUCAAACGACUCGGCAAAGGUGUCAAAACCGUAUUUUCUUCAAAUAAUCUGCGAAAGAAAAUACACCUUUUAGGCCUUACAUGGAUAAUAAACAUGAAAGUUUUACGAAUAUUUUUGAAGGUUGUUUCGUCAGUCAUAUUUCAGUCCGUUUUGUCACUAAUAUCCCAGAGUUUAUAGCGAUGCGCGUUCCCGCGACGGGUCAUGCAAUUCUCGUCAGGCAUGCGUUUCUCUGCAUAACACCCCUCGCUGACUCUUGGUGUCGGGAGACCGUCUCUUCUGAAAGAAGGUUGGAAGUCAUAACAGUUUUCCUGCAGGACUCUAAUGAUGUCAGCAGUGUUAGUUGUUCACGGUGGUGCCUGGUCCAUACCAGAUGAGAUGGCCCCUGCCUCUGUUUCUGGGGUAAAAGCAGCAGCACGCCAUGGAUCUUCAGUCCUGAAAAGUGGAGGGAGUGCUCUGGAUGCUGUUGAGGCUGCUGUGAGGGCUUUGGAAGACAACCCCACUUUUAACGCAGGGUAUGGAGCAACACUAAAUAUUGAUGGAGAAGUGGAGCUGGAUGCCAUUAUUAUGGAUGGAAGGACUCUUGCCAGCGGGGCGGUGUCUUGUGUAAAAAACAUCGCUAAUCCUGUGUCCCUGGCUAGAGCUGUCAUGGAGAAGACAUCCCACAUAAUGCUGACUGGCAAAGGUGCAAACCAGUUUGCAGAAAGCAUUGGCAUCAACGCCAUUCCCACUGAUAAACUGGUGACAGAAUAUGAGAAGAAGGAAUGGGAAAAGCACAAGAAAUACUUUGCAGGAGUAAUGGAAGAAUUCAACACUAAAUGGGCUCAUGAUACCGUUGGGGCGGUAGCUGUGGACUGUGCUGGGAAUGUUGCAUGUGCAACAUCAACUGGAGGCAUCAGGAAUAAAAUGGUUGGCAGAGUUGGAGAUUCUCCUGUGAUUGGCUGUGGAGGAUAUGCAAAUAACUCAAGUGGUGCUGUAUCAUGUACUGGACAUGGAGAAUCUAUUCUUAAAGUGACUCUGGCCAGACUCAUCCUGUCUCAUGUCGAACAAGGAAAAUCAGUAGCAGAUGCCUCACGGUUGUCCCUGCAGUACAUGGGUGAUCGUGUCCAAGGAGCAGGUGGCACAAUUGUAGUUUCUCCAUCAGGGCAGUGGGCUGCAACAUUCACCACCGAGCGGAUGGCUUGGGCUGCUGCUGCAGACGGUGUGCUGUGGUUUGGCAUUAACCCAGAAGAGAGGCUGAAUGAGAAACUGUCCCAGUAGAAGAAGGGUUUUUGAAUUAUUAUUUUUUUUAAUAGUUAAUAACAUGCAUUUCAAAAGUAGUGUGUUCUCUUUUAUAGAAGUGUUUUUCUUUCACUCGGUGCAUAUUAGUGAACAACUGACUAUAAUUAAAUAUGUGUACAAUAAUAAAAUAAAUGGAUUUCCUUUCAUUUCAGAAAUAUUAAUGAAAAGUAUGUUUAUAAUUGACUAAUGUAUUGAUUGCUUGAUAUGUGUUUCAUAGAAUAUUUUCACACAUUAAGUUGUUUAUUGUCAAACACAUAUUUGAGUCCAGUGCUAAUAAAACAUAUCUUGUAAAAUAGA